AAUCUGGGUCCCCACUCCCCAAACAACGCAAUCCUACGUGUCGGAGAUCUGUGUGCUGCAAUAUGGUGAUAUUUUGUUUGUUGAACUGCGUGUGAGACUUUGAAGCACCGAUUACGGUCCUAAUGCCACGUGUCCAUAUUCAUGACAUUUAAAUUGAGUUUUUUAACGGCUUGGGUCCCUUGGCACUUGCGAAAUGUGAAAGUGGAACGCAGCGACGCACAUUCACUAUCUGUAAUCGGGUCGGGUCAUCCAUUUCGAGCCCGAUUUUGACCCAUGAGUAUUUCGGGUCAUAGAAUUGAACGGCCGAGAUGCCAUCCAUCGUGAUGAAACUCGCUAUUUAGAGAUGGAAAUGAAAGUGAGCGUUACUUUUGCUUUUGCACACAGCACACUCCUGAGGGAAAGGCCAGUUUCUUAUUCCUUCCAGACGCUUCUAUUCGAAUCGAGGAUUUAGGGUUUUGUUUUGUUUUUUUAUUUUUUUGUUGUUGAUCGGUGAUCGGAAACGUGAGAUUCUGAGUGUGAGGAGAGAUGGCGGAGCAUCACGAACACGAGGAAGCGAAGGGUGAAUCACUGUUGGACAAGGUUUCGGGGAAGAUCCACGAUCAUGAUUCCUCUUCUUCGUCGGAUUCAGACAACGAGAAAAGCAACUCUUCUCCUUCAUUCAAGAACAAGGUUUUCAGGCUUUUCGGCCGGGAAAAGCCCAUCCACACUGUUCUUGGCGGUGGAAAACCGGCGGAUGUUUUUCUAUGGAGAAAUAAGAAGAUAUCUGCGACGACGCUCGGAGUUGCUACAGCUAUAUGGAUUCUGUUUGAAUUGCUUGAAUAUCACCUUCUCACUUUGGUUUGCCAUUUCCUGAUACUUGCACUGGCAGCAUUGUUCUUAUGGUCCAAUGCGUCGACGUUUAUCAACAAGAGUCCACCAAGGAUCCCACAAUUGCACAUUCCCGAGGAACCUGUUUUAGAGUUUGCCUCUGCUCUUAGACUUGAGAUCAAUUGUGCUUUUUCUGUAUUAAGGGAUAUAGCAUCUGGAAGGGAUCUCAAGAAGUUCCUAUCAGUGAUUGCUGGAUUAUGGGUUUUCUCUAUUCUAGGGAGCUGGGCCAACUUCUUGACGCUGUUCUAUAUAGCUUUUGUUUUGCUUCACACUGUACCUGUGCUUUAUGAGAAAUAUGAAGAUCGCGUGGACUCUUUUGGUGAGAAGGCACUAGCCGAGAUUAAGAAGCAAUAUGCAGUGUUCGAUGCGAAGGUUUUGAGCAAGAUUCCCAGAGGACCUUUGAAAGAUAAAAAGAAAGAUUGAAGUGGCACUCAAGUUUGACAAAUAUGUUGUAGUUGGGUUCGUCAAUGUGCUGUUAAAUUUAGAUUGAUCAUCAGUUAAAACCCCUAUCAUGUCAGAUUUUAAUUUUUUAGGGUCCUUUAGUAGACAUUGUGGAAGAAGUAUCUUAUAUAACUUUCUGCUGCUUACAUGUACCCCACAAAAAAUCCUAUAUGCUCAUGGAUGACUGGUUAUCUGUAUUUUGUGUUGUAUUUAUAUGAAGAAUACAUACGCCGUGCAUUUAAAUGCUUUUAUAGGAGUGAUCGUUCUGUUUUCCAACUCACGCAAGCUUGAAGUAGCUGUUGGUGAGGCGGUGAGGCCCCCCCAUCCAGUGUCUGCCCUUGUUCGAACUUGGGCACUGAUCAGUUCUAAGAAUUACCACAAUUAUUUCACCCGGGUCAUGCAGUCUGGAAGCUCUUGUACAGGUUCCGACAUUUUGUAGUACCUGCCUGGGCUUGAACACGGGUUUUGGUCAUCCCCCCUCUUACGUCUCUACCCUACCCAUACGUAAUAAAAAC